AUGGCAGGCAAACACGGAGACGAUAUGUAUCUUCUGUCUCUUAUGGAAUGUGUUUCUUAUUAUCAGCAACCAGCAGAUAACAUUCUGGAGCUCAAAAUGGGUGGCAUGGUUAUCAAAUUUCGACCACGGGCAAUGUUUUCUCCUCAAAACGAAAUUGUGAACUAUGAUCUCACUUAUUUGGAACAAUACCGUGAUAUAGCUCCUGUAGCACUACAAAACCACGUGAAAUGUAUAUUUCAAAACACAUUACGUGUUGAGAUUCUAGUUUCAUCAUGCAGAUAUUUGACAAAUCUUCCUAUUCUAGAGAAUGUUAGAGCAAGUUAUUUGAAAGGGUCACAAGCAGUCGCAAGUGUUUUAGAAGAGUUUUUAUUCGUUCACAACAAUCAAGAGUGUGUGCACAUUGUCCCAUUUAUCAGUGGCAAUUUCAAUAGAAACUCAGAAAUAUUUUCGAUUCCAAAAUUGUAUUGCAAACGUUCUGGAUUUGCAGCAGCAGCAAUGAUUCCCAGUUUUACUGGAAACUGCUUAAUUCUGGAACAAGCUAAAUGCGAUACGGUAUUGUUAAUACAGUUGUUGAGAAAAUGGGUUGACAAAACGGCUUAUCAAAACCUGAAAAUGGUUCGGGUUUCUCUAUUCGAAAAUUACUAUUUUCCCAAUGGAUUUCCACGUGCAGAUGUUAAUCUACGAGAAAUACUCAAAGACUUUAAAACGAAGCGAUGGGACCGAUCCAAUAGACCACAAAUCUAUGAACUGGAUCCACAAAUGGUCACCAGCUACGUAGAGUCAGUCGACUGCAGUCAAUUUUUGGAUAUUGAACAGGAAGGUGGAGGCAAAUUAGGAUCAGUCUUCAUCACGCACGAUUCUUUUGAAUUUUAUGUCUGGGACGGCAAUCCGAGAAGUUCCUUAUGA